AACGAGCUGACGGCGGAGGAGAAGCGCCGCGCCCACCAGAAGGAGUUGGCCACCCAACUCAACGAGGACGCCCGGCGCCGCCUCACCGAGCAGCGCGGCGAGCAGCAGACGCAAAAGGCCCGGAAGUCGAACGUGUCGUACAAGAGCGCGGCGCUGCUGCCCAAGGAGCCGCACGUGCGCGAGAUGAAGAUCUACAUCGACAAGAAGUACGAGAGCGUCAUCAUGCCCGUCUUCGGCAUCGCCACGCCCUUCCACAUCGCCACCAUCAAG